UGUGAUGCACACCACACUUAUCUUUCUUCGCGACUCCUUGCCACCAUGCCAACGUACCUGCUGGCCCUGGAUGACGCUCUAUUAGUGCACGUGCUGCGUUUCGCCGCAGAACGAGAUGUGGAAGCUACGACAGUGGCGUCGAAAUUGGUGGCGAUGCACCUGCUGCCACAGUAUCCCGAGAUCUGGCGCGUUCUGUUCGCUCGCCAUUGGGGAAAACUCAACUUCCAACUCGAUGCAAUGGCGGAAGAUGCUGAGAAUCUCGUGGUGGAUACUCGGCUACGUGCGCUCUUCCCACUUGAGUGUACGGAGGCACGAAUAUUUCAAUUACUGACACGCGCAAUUCUUCAGUUGCCAUCAGGAAUGGACAUUAAAGAGACGAAGCGGUCACGAGGAUAUUCAGACACUCACCAUAGAAUUAUAUCACAGGAGAAAAACAAGAGUAAUGGCCAGCGUGAUGAUGGUGCGGUGACAAAGUUUGCCUUCGAUGGUGCACGAUUUGGCUAUGACCGAUCGGUGCGCGCUAAUGCACCUUUCCCAACGUCGCUCUACAUCGCGGUAUUCAAUCGCCGAGUUCAAGACCCUGUGAGCAAGAAGAAAUCGUCCGUAUACCAGAUUGGCGCGACAAAAAGCAGCUAUUUUGAAAUUAGCAUCUCUGAUCCUGUAUCACGGCCGAGUUCUCACACGCUGAGAAAUGGGAGAGUGGAAAUGACUGCUAUUGGGCUAGUUCCGUCUAGCUUUCCGUUGGUUGGGAAGCAACCAGGAUGGACGAUCCCGUCGUUUGGGUACCAUGGAGACAAUGGGAAAAUCUACUCAGCAUUCCCUGUAAGUGUGUGUGUGUUGUUUGCGGUUGAAAUACCAUUCUGGAAAAUGCAGAUGGAUUAACGAGUAUUUGCAGUGGAAACCUUUUGCCCCGCGCUUCGGCGUAAAUGAUACGGUCGGUUGUGGCAUUCGACACAGCUCACAGGACAACGGCCGGCGCGUUUUCUUCACGCAUAAUGGUAGCACUGUUACAUGUGAGUAUAAUUUCGCAUGUAUCCAGCACCAUUGACGGUUUUAAUCUAGUGUCCCUGUAUUCCAGCUCGUUACCUCCCAGGAUCGGGUCGAUAUAUCCCGUGCGAUAAUGCACAUGAAUGGUUUCCUGCGGUGGGCCUGGAUUCUCCGAAUACUAUUCACGUAAACUUUGGUCAGCAUCCGUUCAUGUACGACCAUGUGAUCGAUGAGCUGUUUAGUGAGUGCAUGGGAAUGAACGCUCUUGCGGCUCGCCAGAUGCUGCAAAACAGUAACAAAGCUCGGAGUCGCUCCGUGCGACGCAACUGCAUCGAUGCCUUCAUUGCCAACGUUUUGGAGCGACACAAUUUGACCACCACGUAAUGAUGACCUAGCUGUGUUGAAGCACUUGUUGAAUAGGUGUAGCCAUCUUUAAAUUUGAUUAUCCUUUCCAAAAUCAUAU